AUGCGCUCCAAGUUCAAGGACGAGCACCCGUUCGAGAAGCGCAAGGCCGAAGCUGAGCGCAUCCGCCAGAAGUACAACGACCGCAUCCCGGUCAUCUGCGAGAAGGUCGAGAAGUCGGAUAUCGCGACUAUCGACAAGAAGAAAUAUCUCGUCCCCGCAGAUCUCACCGUGGGCCAGUUCGUCUACGUCAUCCGCAAGCGAAUUAAGCUUUCGCCGGAGAAGGCCAUCUUCAUCUUCGUCGAUGAGGUGCUGCCGCCGACCGCCGCGCUCAUGAGCUCGAUAUACGAGGAGCACAAGGACGAGGAUGGCUUCCUCUACAUCACGUACUCGGGCGAGAACACCUUCGGCGAGACGAACUAG